AAGCGUGGCGGCCUGCCCUCCCCUCGUUAGCUCAGCUAGCUAGAAUGUUCUAGCGCUUUCACAUGUCUGUGUUUAUAACGACAGACACGUUCAUCUGCUGGAGGUGUACAGAGAAACAGUUUGUCCUUUUCACAACACGGAGCACCAGGAUUUUUCCAAGCUGUGUAAGUCAUGUCAGAUAACAGACAGAACAGGAGAUAUCCCCAGAACCUUCAAGGGGUUCUGCAGCUGGCAGUGGAGGCUGGAUCAGCAGUUGAGGGUCCAGACCCUCCAGAACCAAUGUCAGAGGAGAGGAAGACCUGGCUGGGAGAAGCUCUGUCAGAUAUCUGUAAAGGUCAGAUGGAUGAAGUGGAGCAGAUGAAGCAGAGCUUGGCUGUCCUGCAGAAAGACGAGACAAAUGAAAAGGAGCAAGAUGGAGAAGAAGACAGAGAAGAAAAUGAAGAGGAUGAGCGGGAAUUGGCCUUUGAGAUGUUGUCUGAGUUGUGUGAGAACCUGGACAAUGCUAGAGAUCUGAUGACUCUUGGUGGACUGGAUUUGUGUGUCUCCAGGUAUCUUAAUCACGUCCAGAGCGGACUGAGGUGGCGGGCCGCCCAGCUCCUUGCCUCCUGCGCUCAGAACAUGCCCCAGGUCCAGGAACACCUGCUUAAAGUUGACGUCCUGCCAAAGCUGCUACAGCUGACAGAUUCAGACACCAAUCCCUCUGUCAGAGUGAAAGCCCUGUAUGCCGUCUCAUGUUUGGUCCGAGAGCAGGAAGCUGGACUACAGGCGUUUGUGUCUCAUGAUGGUUUCUCAGUGCUGAUGAGAGCCAUGCAGUCUGAAAAUGAGAAAGUCAGGACCAAAUCUGCUUUCCUUCUGCUCAAUCUGCUGACCUCAAACCCAGAACAUAAAGAAACAGUUGUGUCGAUGGGGAUGGUGCAGCAGCUAGUUUCUGUUCUCCGCACACCACAUUCCCCUUUCCAUGAGCAUGUGCUUGGUGCUCUGUGCUGUUUGGUGGAGGACUUUACGCAGGGGCUUGAAGACUGCAGGAACCCGGCUUUGGGUCUGGAGGAAUUACUGAAGCAGCGAACAAAACAGCUCCAAGGAAAAGAAGAAAGUCAGGAGGAGCUUGACUUCUGUGAACGUUUGAGAGUUUUGUGCUUCAACAGGCAGCAGACAGAUGAUGUUGGGAUGGAUCGCUGAGGCAGUCAUUAUUAUUUAUUUUUGUUAAACCUUACCUGUUUUGGCUAAAGUACAAAAAGAAAAAUAUAACAGGACAUUCAUGAGCUGACUUGUGGAUGCGGAGCAACAUUUAUGUCUGUUACGACAUUUGAUGUUGAUAUUUUGCAUGUAAUCCAGUUGGAUUUUACUGUGUAAAUAACGGUUCUUUAUAAAGUUUCUGUCCGACUCAGCUGCUACUUCA